AUGAUGUCCAAGACGUACAGGAGACCUGGGGAGGGAUCAGAUCUGGUUGGUUCCCUGGAGUGGAUGGACGAAGACAUGAGCUCCCCAGAAGGAGACAUGUCAAUCUCAUCUCAGCACUACCGAGAGAGCGGCCUGGGCCUCCAGGGCCGGGAGCUGGGGAGUGAAGACAUGGAAGAUGAGGAGGAGGAGGAGGAGGAGUGUGAGGGAGAAGACAACUGCCCUAAAAGACGUGGGCCCAAGAGGAAGAGGAUGACCAAAGCCCGACAGGAGCGUUUCCGUGCCCGGCGGGUGAAGGCUAAUGCCAGGGAACGCUCACGAAUGCACGGUCUGAACGAUGCCCUCGAGAACCUGCGGAGCAUCAUGCCCUGCCACUCCAAGACCCAGAAACUGUCAAAGAUUGAGACUUUGCGUCUGGCCCGCAACUACAUAUGUGCUCUGUCAGAGGCCCUGGAGGGAGGCCAGUCCCUAGAAAGCAGGGCCUUCAUGGAGACGUUGUGUACGGGACUGUCCCAGCCCACUAACCUAGUGGCAGGUUGUUUGCAGCUUGGCCCAGCCCUGACGGGUGGGGACAGGCCUGAGGAGAGGCAUGGAGGCCGAGGGGGCCCCACCGUGCUGGGAGGGGUUGGGAUGGUGGUCGGUCCAAUAGGUUACUCCUCCCCAGGUUUGCCAAGCCCCCCCUAUGGCACGCUAGACUCCACCCACAUGCUACACAUGCGGGCUGUGAAGGGUGUGGCUUACGAAUGCCACUCCCCAAAGGACUGUAAUGGUGGAGGGGUGGGCACGCCCCCCUAUGACGGCCCCCCGACGCCCCCUCUUAGCAUUGGUAAGAGCCUGGUGCCCAAACAGGAGCCCUCGCCCCAUUACCUGCCCCCUCACAACUACCCCCCCCCUUCAAUGAGCCUGACUGCGCACCAAGGGCAGGUCCUCUACCAGACAUCCAGCUAUGAAACACCUCUGGAGGGGCAUUAUGACUCCUAUCACCCACCCCACAUGGCCCCCCAACAGAUUGGGACCGUUUACACAGACUAG